AUGGUACGAGUACACCAGCGACUCAAGAGCAAAACUUGUAUAAAAAGCAGCGGUGCACCUGAAAAGAAAAAAGCAGCUUUGGAUGAAACGGCAAAAGGUGGUGAUGAGAGUAAAACAUCCGCAGAUGAUCCUUACUUGAAGGGCUUGUGUGAGGAUGGAGUGCGAUGGUACCUGCGCUUCUUGAAGGAGGGUCUUGAUCCUAAAGCCGCUUGCAAAAAAGCUUGGGAACAGAGAACCGAACCCGUUGAGUUUGAGCCGCAGUGGGGCAAAGAGUUUUUGGUGAGGGAAGUUGAAGAAGAACCUAAAAACCACAAGCAACGACAAAGACGGCGGGGAUUAAAAAAGCCUGAAAUCAAUGAAGAUUAUCGAAUUGCUGUACAUCCAAAAGACUUCCCAGAUCAAAUGCUUGAUUUGCCAUCGCUAGCACGGCUGGAAGAGGCUAUCUCAGCGGAAAUCGCAAAAGGUGCAGAUGCAAAGAUCCAAUUCGGAUAUUCUUAUCUGCGGCCAGGUGCAUUAAUUCUCGACUGUGUAAAUGAAGAAACGGUCAAUUGGCUGAAAGAUAUUGUUAACAAGCUGCCAGAGUGGGCAGGGCCUGAUUUGAUCGCAAGUCAAGAACGUGUAAUUCCAGACGCUUACGUCUUGACGGUUGCAUUACCGAAGAGCCUUGGCCAAGAAUUCGAGCGCACAUUGGCCUUGAUUGCGGCACAAAAUGAAGAUUUAAAUACUGAAGUGUGGAAAUUUGUGAAUGAACGCGAAGAGAAUGAAAAACAAGUGGUAACGAUACGUGUAGAUAAGGAUUCAUUCAAUACGAUGAAGAGAAACGAAUGGAAGUUAUACUACAGAUUCGACAAGGUCAGCGUACAUUUCCACCGCUACUUAAGAUAUGGCAAACAACCUACAUUAUGGAUAACUAAUCCCAGCUGUCACAAACAAAAUCAGGUGAAACCACCUGGUCCAGCUAAUGCAAAAUAAAUAAAAAAAAGUUCAACGCUUUCCUAGUGUCAUUCGGUUAAUUGGUUGAUGUCUGUAUUCAGAAAGAUGCUACACAUUUAAAACUUAUACAACAACAGCUCCGAUGGAUAUAUAUGAGAGUUGCGGGAGAUUGCAAACAAGACCUUUAAGAUGUGUUCGUUGUUGGCGUUUAUAGUUCAACAAAGACGACGACGACGACGACAGCACCUGUUCCGGCAACUUGGGUAUAUGAUCACCACUCGGAUGAUAGCCAUUGGCAUCAGCCACGUAUGUCAACGUGAUGGGAAUACCUUCAAGUGAAAUAUAUUGCACCACGCCGCUGUGACCGUGCUCAUUUCCCGCUGCUUUUGUUGUUAUGCCGUUGGAUGUUUGAAACUCGUAAUGAAAGUCGCCACGUGUAUUUGGCGCCCGAUUUGUGUAGUAAAUAGUGUGCGCAUCACGAUCAAUUGAUCUAAUGGCCGCUUUUGCAGGCUGGAAUUGUGUAAAAAUACCACAACAGAACACACAGCACACCAGGAAAUGCAGUAGCUGUUAGUUUGAGACAAUAGGGAGGGGAAACAACAACAUAUUAAUUAAUAUCCACAUAUACUGUUAGAGAAUAAAAUUAUAACAAACCAUCGAUUGGAAUUGCAAUCCAACGCCGUAUCGAAUUUUACGUGUCACCCGCAUUGUAAACCACAUUCCCAUUUGAUUAAAUGUAGCGUCGAAUGACAGUAGGAAUGAAGCCGCCGUUUUUUUAUUUGAGCACCACCGAAAGUCAAUUCGCAGAAACCUUUAUUUAUUCCAGUACGCACAUGCACACACACGCGAAGUCGAUAGCACAGCUAAUCUACAUCAACCGCACCCGUAACGAAAUGAAAAGCGAUUUUGGCGCUGGGAAGCUUUUAUAGAUGUAUGUGCAGGCAUGCAAAUUAAUUUGACAAACAAUUUUUUUGGACGUUAAUUAGUUUAUGGCGAGAAUUGGCGUAUUCCACGGCAAGUUGUUUAUGUCAAUUCAAGCAUUUGAUGUGACGUGUGACGCCUGCGCUUGGGAAGCAUCUGAAACAAGUGAGAGAGAGUGAGUGAACCACCUAGAAGAGUAGCACACACUGCAACGAGAUCGCUGUUAUAAAUCUUGCUCCGUACGUGUGCGGAAUGUGUGUCAUAGCUCGGAAUGAUGAGUGUGUGACACUUCUCGAGUGCAAUACUUAAUUAAUUAAAACUGAACCGGAUGGUGUGAUAUGGUGUUGUCAAUUGGCUGCUACAUGAAAUCAUAAAAUUUCAUACACUGAAACUCAUAAAUUUCCAACAUUUUUAAGUUUGUAAUGCGAUUGUACUGUAGCGAAACUAUUUACAUAUAUCAGUAUCAAGUAAAUAAAAUCUUCAUUUGUGUAACGAUAUGGUAGCCUCUUAAA